AAUGAUUAUAGUAACGAUAUAAGUGCAAGUUUAAAGGAUGUGUUUGAAAGUGUAGCAGAUAAACUUCAGAUGGCCUAUCGUAAAAAAGUAACCACAUUUCCCUACAUUUUGGUGCUAUCAUCUCACUUUAUAUUGUUGUAGAACCACGUAUAAAAAAGUAAAUGUUUUUUAAUUUAUUUUUCCUCUGGGAAGAGGGUAGUGUAACGUUUCAAGAUUGCGCGUUUAUUUUUUAAAUAUAAAUUUAAUUGGGCAGUGAACGAGUAGUGGGAGCGGGUGUGAAAUUUUCUAGGAAGACGGUCUAAGAUAGCGCCAGUGAAAAAUCGUUUACUUAUAAUAAUUGUUAGAGUUUUGAGAGCGAAUUCAAUUAAUUGAUGGGUUGCUACGGACUAUAUUACGACAAUUGGAGGAUCAUUUUAAGGUCCUGUCGCGAAUUGAGUCUGGACCGCAUUUAUCUAUCAUUAUAAUUUGAAUUGUGCAUAACUAAUAUCCAAUUUAUAUCUGUGCCGUUUAAUACCUUAAGGCUCUCUGAUUUGUGAUUUAUGUUCAAGCGAAAUUUCUGAUCUCGAAGAAUAGCUGCCAUUGGGAUUGGGCCAUUACAAGGCAGCCACUGAAGCACGCCAUGGUGUUAUCGCCGUUCGGUCACUCGACCUCUGUGCACCUGGUUCCCCCUCGGCUAAAGAUAAGGCACCAUUAUUAUUAUCAUUCACACGCAUCCUCUUAUAAAUGCUCGAUCUUAUCUCGUUGCAAACGUUGAUUUUGUCAGACAUAAGUUAAAUUAAGAAUUACUAUUUCUAAAAUUGAGUCAUAGUCAUUACUAGAGGUACCUCCGCAAAUCACUACAAUAAUAAAAUUAAAUAUUACUUCAAUUCAUAUUGUAUGCAUAUUAUGCCCUCGUCCGAUUCAUCUGUCGGUCGGCGAGUAACGUUAAGGCAGAUUGGCGCUCAUUCCUUAAAAGAGUAGAUUAAUUUAUUAGAAACCCGCGACCCAGCGUAAAAAAAACUGGGCAGUAACCAGUGGCACCAAGUAAUUCGCUCCCGAUCACGCGAUAAAAUUAAAAGUUCUUUAGGGUUGAUAACAUACCUAGAAAAGUUUAUUCUAAAUCGGGGAACACAACCUCGUAGGUCUCUAAGGUUAAUUAUUGUAGUUUUUAGUUAUGUCCUUUUUGUUUUCGUAUUCCCCCUCGUCGAUACCAUCAAGUGCCACCACUAUUGAAACAACUGUAUGUGUAAGUAUUUUGUUGUUUAGUAGUCAAGUAAUAUAUGCCUGAUGCUGUCGAUUCUUAGGGUCAAGUGCAAAAACAGGCAUUGAACUUUGUCUCUGCUUGAUUAUUCCUUUGUUCAUUUAUUGAGUUACUCCCACAUAUACACGCAUACAAAUCAUAAUCUAUCCCAUUCUUCUUAAGCAUUAUAUACAUGAUUUUACUCGUACUACUAUAGGAAUCGCCAAGAUUAACCAUCUAGUAACAAAAGAAAACAUAAACAACUCAGACCCCCUAUAAUUUCUAGCUUAUCUGCUUCACAUAGUGUUAUCUCAAUUAACAGACACUAUGAUGCAGCCUGUUUGUUAACCUUUUAUAUCUUUACACUUGAAGAAGAAGAAAAUACAUGGGAGAACAGUCUUAUCCUAGAUUUGGGAGUAUAUUCAACGAAAAUGUAUUUGAUUUUUUGCUACGUAUGUUACUGCUUCACGGCAAUAACAGUUGUGUUAAUAACGUUAUUUCUAAUAGUGUGCAAAGUAAUCAAUGGUUACUGGGAAAGGAAAGGUGCUUUUACUUUAAAACCCAAAAUAUUCUUUGGUAAUGCUCAAUCUGUAAUUUUUCAAAAGAGAUCUCUAGGAGAGGAGAUUAAGGAAUUUUAUGACAAACUAAAUUCGAAUGGAGUGCAGUAUGGUGGCUACUACUUCUUGAUGCGGCCCAUACUUGUGAUAUCAGAUUUGGAACUAAUAAAAAGAAUGCUGGUUACAGAUUGCGAUCAUUUCACUGAUCACUCCAUGUAUGUUAACGAAGCGAACGAUCCGUUAACCGGGAACUUAUUCGCUCUUAAGGGUGAAAAAUGGAAAAAACUAAGAGUGCAUUUAAGUUCUGCUUACAAUACAAAGACGUCUAAAGUGAUGUUUGACACUUUACUCUCUUGUUGUAAGGAAAUGGAAAUGGCAAUUGACAACAAAGUUAAAAGUGGCGAAGUAGUCGAUAUCGUACCUCUACUAUGUGAUGUGAACAUGGCAAUCUUGCUGGCGUGUACUUGCCAAAUGGAAUUCAAUAACCUUAAACAUUUGACUUCGACAUUACACCAUUACUGUAGUAGUAUUCUGCAUAGUCGGACAACGUGGGAUUCUAUAGUAAAUCUAAUGUCCUUUAUUUUUCCUCAAUUCUUUACUAUUUUAAAGGUAAAGGCAUACAGUGAGGAAUUGACAAACUUUUUUGUAUCAUUAGUUAAUGACAUCGUACACCAUCGACAAGCAAAUAACAUUAUACGAAAGGAUCUGAUUGGUUUACUAAUCCAAUUAAAAAGUGAUAAAGAGCUAACCCUAAACCACAAAGAAAUUGCAGCCCAGUUGUUUCUGUUUCUCGCCGCGGGCCACGAAACUACCUCGUUAACGCCUGCUUUCUGUAUCUAUGAGUUAUGCAUAAACCAGUGUUUACAAGAUAAGAUAAGAGACGAAAUCAGUUUGACAUUACUGGGCACCAACGGAGUAAUUUCCUUCGAUGAUCUUUCGAAAAUGAAGUAUGUCGACCAAUGCAUUUACGAAACGUUCAGGAAGUAUCCAACCAUGGUGGUACAUAGCAGAGUGUGUACGAAAACGUAUGUGAUUCCCAAUACGCAUGUUACGGUAACAAAAGGAACUCCAGUGCUUAUACCAACGUAUGGAAUCCAUAUGGAUCCUCGUUACUUUCCAAAUCCGGAAAUAUAUGAUCCGGAAAGAUUUUCAGAGCACACCAUAUCGGAUCGCCCUUCAUGCUCGUUUUUACCAUUUGGAGUUGGGCCGCGGACGUGUAUCGCUUACAAAUUUGGAUUGGUGCAAGUGAAGCUGGUGCUAAUUACAUUACUGAGACGAUAUAAAUUUUCUUUGCAUGCAUCCACAAACGUGCCACUCGAACACGAUCCCAAGCACUUCAUGAUAUACCCCUCUACGCCAAUACUAUUGUACGUUGAGAGGAUAGUUUAAAGAAGCCUAAAAGGCCGUCAAUGCAAUGUGUCGCUACUACUAACAUAACCUAAAAGCAUUGAGUGAGUAAUUAUAAUAUAACUUAUUCAAUGCUAAUAGUCAACUGUAACAGUAAAUGUUUCUGGGCAUAAAUUAGAAUGAGAAAAGAAGAAUAAAUAAUAAUAUAGCGUUUUUUUCCGAACCCCGACAAACCUGUGAAGCUUCCGUCUUUCCCAGAACACAUUACAAAUUAAAAGGUAGUUCAGUAAUUCUGACAUCAGACAUCAGACAUUAGACAUCAGGCGUUAGCCAUCGUAUAGUAUCGCAACAACAGAAUUAAUUCGCUCGUUCUUCCUGACGCGUCUGUUCCACCGGCAAACACAGGUGAUCUACUACUACUGAAACCGAGACCACACGAACCAUACCGAUAGGACACGCCGAUGAUA